UUUGAUCCCGCCAUAACAAUACUUGUUGUUUUGCCGAUAUUUGCAGGUUCAUUAAUUUUCUUUUUACCUCAUAGGGGAAACAAAAUAGUUAGGUGGUUUACUAUAUCCAUUUGUUUAUUAGAAUUCCUUCUAAUGACUUAUGCAUUCUGCUAUCAUUUCCAACUGGAGGAUCCUUUAAUCCAAUUAAAGGAGGAUUAUAAAUGGAUAGAUAUCUUUGAUUUACCAAAAUGA